AUGCCCCGCGAGCAGACCCCUUCGCCCUCCUUUCGUGAGAAGCAGCAGCGAACACACAAAGCCCACUCCCUCCCCAACGUCCCCUCCUUGAACCAGAUUCUCGCCAACUCGGGCGGCCAGAUGAUGUACCCCCAGCCCUCCCAACCGAGCCCGACCGCCUCCAACUCCUCCCACCAGUCCCGCCGCUCGCCCCCGCCCACGUCCCGGAUAUCGCCCACCGCGGCCAAGCUCCCGAACGAGCGUGUCGCCGACCUCCAGGGCUCGUCCCCGCCCCCGCUCAUGCACUCGCACAGCACCCCCGCCGUCCCCCAGCACGCCUCCGCCGGGAUCCCGAACCCGCACCACCCCCGCCCCAUGCCCCGCGGCGCCCCGCCGGCGUUCAUCGCCCAGUUCGCGACCGCCGAGGACAAGUGGGCGGUCACCGAGGGCCUCAUGGCCGAGUUCGAGCGCAGCUCGCAGGCCGGCGCCGCGGGCGUCGCCUACGCGGGCGGCGCGGCCUCGAGUGGCUCGGUGCCGACGAUGAAGCGUCCUGGGCAAGACCCGGCCGGGGACCGCAUGCGCACGAGCUCCAAGGACGGCGAGGGCGCGCAGGGCACGGCGAAGCGGGUCGACCCGCGCGAGAUGCAGCCGGCACGCGAGAGCCCGCAGACGCGCGAGCGCUCGAGCACGGGCGGGUCGCAGCAGCUGGGGGGCGAGGGGCAUGUGCGGACGCCCGAGUACCGCGGGUCGCCGCAGUACCAGGCGCCGAUGGCGUCCCCGGGAGAGCGGUCUGCGGGUUACAAGCAGUACGUUCCUGAAGGCUAUCCCUCUCCCCCUCUCGGCCCUCAAGCAGGCCCGGCGCUGCAGCGGAAACCGACUACAGCUGACGCGGCCCCGAGCCGUCUCACUCCCCCCGCGGCCUCCAAGCUGGCGUCGUCGACACACACUCCCCCGCUGCAGGUCAUGGGCGGGCGUCCGCCGGAUCGCUCGCUUCCGCUGCAGGAAGAGGACAACGGGCACGAUGAGGAUCACGACGAGACGGAGUACUCCCCGCGUACGCACGGCUCGCCGACCCCCUCCUCCGACCUGUACCCCGAGGGCCACCCGAUCCGUUACGACUCACGGCAUGAACACGACGACGAUGACGACGAAGGGACUCUGAACAACGAAGACGACGACCACAUCAAGCAAAACAAGAGCGAAGACUCUGAAGCCGGGUACACCCCCCGCUCGCCUUCGACGACCCUGCCCGAGCGUGCGCGCGACGGCCCCUAUAUUAAUCAGUACGACCAGAAGACGAUCCGACCGAAGCAUCGCAGCGGGAUCGCGGACCAGCUCGGGAUGCGCACCUUCGACCCGGCGAUGUUCGAGCGCGAGACGGUCAACAGCCUGCGCAACGGCCCCUCGACGGACGUCCCGGCGCGCGUGGCAGAGUCUCCGAGCCAGGCAUCGACCGCGCCGCCGGCGUCCGAGGCCGCUUCCUCCGAGCACCAGCACCCGCCGCACUACGAUCCCAGGGAGUGGACGCACGGUAUGGGGCGGAUCCUCGACCAGCGGAUGGGGUACAACUGGGCGGCGUCGAGCGCGCAAUCCCAGUCGGACGACAUGCAGAGCCUGCUCGACGACCCGACGUCGUCGUACCUCCAGACCUUCCUCCGCUCCUCGAGCGCGCGCCCGGGCGCGCCGAUCCCGCCGACCCCGCAGACAGGCCCGUCGCCGUCCCCGCUCAUCUCCGCGAUGCCGUCCGACUUCGAGCCGCGGCAGAUCGGCUCCCCGUACCCGUACCCGUUCACGCACAUCCGGCGGUCGACGAUGUCCGGGCCGCUCCCCGCGCCGUCGACAAAUUAUGACGCGCACAACCCGGACGUGAUCCGGGAGCAGCUCGCGCUCCAGCUCCAGAUCUACGCGCUCAACAACGGCCUCGCGCCGCCGACGUCCGAGUCCGCGUUCUCGCCCUCGUCGACGCCCUUCCCCGGCCCCGGCUACAACCCGUGGGCGUUCGUGCCCGCCGGCGGCGGGCUCGGGCUCGGGCUCUCGCACCAGGCGAUGAUGGGCCGCGACGACCGGAGCAUGGCGUCGAGCCCGUCGCACGAGCCCGUCGCGCCGCCGCCGAUGCGCGGCACGCGCCGGUUCCGGCCGGAGAAGUCGCACCUCUCGCAGAGCACGGUGCCGCGUGGGGGCGCCCGCCGCGUGAAGCCGCCGCCGCGCGUGGACAGCACGCAGCCGCGGGAGACGAGCCCGGAGCCGUCGUCCGGGGAGGAGACCGCGGGCGAGGAGCGGUUCGCGCCGGUGUUCGCGCCGAGCAAGGCGGGGAGCGUGACGGACGAGUGGGAGGAGGCAACGCCGGUGGGCGCGGCGGACGACGAGGGCGAGUGGGUCGAGGAAGGGGAGGAGGACGGAGAGGAGGACGACCUGCUCGACCUCGAGUUCCACCCGACCUAUGUGAGCAACCCGCAGAAGCGCCGGCGGCGGUUCGACACCCGCUGGGACGCGCUCGUACAGGCGUUCCAAGCCCUAGACCGCGAGACGGACGCGACGCUCGUCCUCCUCGCCUCCCCCUCGCACUCCACCAAGCUCCACGCGCUCACCUCGCGCUCGGUCCGGCGCGACGCCUCCCUCGCAGGCUCCCCCGCGCUCACCAGCGCCCGCCGCGCGUUCGCGCACCUCGCCGCCCAGCGCCGCGCCGCGCGCAAGGCGCAGCGGAUGUCGCUCGCCGAGCGGCUCUCGACCCGCUCCGCGUCCUCCGCGGACGGCUCCCCCGGGGGCGGCUCCCCCGGCGAGCUCGACCUGCGCCGCGCGCUCGAGACCGCGCUCGGGAGCCUCGGCGCGCUCUCGUCGAUCUACGACCAGCGCGAGGCGCGCUGGCGCGAGGAGAUGCGCCGGCUGAACACGGACCGGGAGCAGGUCGAGCUGCUGCUCCGCCAGGCGCUGGGCCCGGCGACGAUCAGCGGGCUGCAGGCGGGCGUGAACGGGGCGCAGGUGAACGGGCACCUCGCGACGAACGUGAAUGGGAACGUGAACGGGGUGGGGGCUGGGGUGGGGGCGCAGUGA